AUGACAGAACCCGAGAACUUCGACGAUGAGCUGUUUGCCGAUCUCUAUAACGACGAUGAUGCGGCACCAGCGCCCAAGCCGGCUGCCGCAGCCCAGCCUGUUCAGUACGCAGCCGUGCAACCGACCAUCGAGACCCGGCAGAAUGACAGCUACGACCCCAAUCAGUACAACGACUACGGUGGUGGAGGUGAAAAUGGCAACAUCAACCAGGACGAUGAAGAAGAAGAGGACGAUGACGAUGACAUCGAUUUCAACCUCGGAAACGGCCCUUCGACCACGCUGGCCCCCCAUGACCAGCAAGACUACAAUGACAGCCAUAACAACAACAACAACAACAACAGCAGCAGCAGCAGCAACAACAACAACUCUCACCAUGAGGAGAGGCAGUCCUACAGUGCGCCCUCGGCGCCUCCUGCUCAUACCAAAGGCCCCAAUGCCAAAGAAGACGGGUAA